GUUGAUUUUGGUUGGAAAUUUCUACAGAUUUUGAAAAGUAACGCAAAGCCGCACAGCACACAAGAGACAAUCCAUGUUGCAUCGAGGAGCAUCCAAGUUCAAGAUCAAGCUCGCUUAUGGACUGGCCGUGAUUGCGUGGCUGUUGGCAAAUGCGAAUCAAGUUGCCAAAGCUCAAGCAGCCGAAAGUAUCUCUCAACCAGACACCGCUGAACCUUGGUCUACAUCUACCUUAUGGACCAAUACAUACCAACACGAGUUCUGCACUCAGACCCGAGCAUUGCUGGCUGCCCGGAUCCAAGCCGAGCAGAUUCAGGCCAAACCUGCACCUCCCCCGCGAGACAUUCCAGGCCACAUGCUCGACGAGUUUACGCUCAAUGGGCAGAUUCCGGUCUCACGCUACUACGUCGACGACACGAACGGCGGACAAGGAACGCACAUCGGCUACUCUCGAAACCAGAUUGAUCAGCUCGUGAGCCAGUUCAAAGAGCGACUGCGCAAAAUCAAGGGAACUCGCGUCGAACUUCCGGUUGCAGACGCCACUGUUGUGGUUCCGCGUGCGAUGCACGAGGACUGGGUAUUGCGAGCGCUCAGCGAGACAAUCCGCACUGGCGAUCGGGUGGUCGUCUACGGAUCGAUGACCCCAACGUACGAGGCCAUGGCGCUGGCUUGCGGCGCCGCUGCCGUCGUCACGUCCGAGUACAACGCCCUGACAUACCAGCAUCCCAACAUUACGACAGUCACACCCGACGUCCUGCAGUCGAUGCCCUUUCUGCACGAGCACGGCCUGUUCGAUGUGGCUGUUUCCAUCACGAGCUUUGAUCACGACGGCCUGGGCCGCUACGGGGAUCCCGUCCAUCCAGCUGCCGAUCUGCUUGCCAUGCAAAACGUACGCUGCGUUCUCAAGCCGGGCGGCCGGCUCGUAUUGACAGUGCCGGUGGGACCCGACGGGCUCGCGUGGAAUUUGCACCGCCGUUACGGUCCCCUCCGUCUGCCGUUGCUCAUCCAAGAUUGGCAGGUUCGGCGGCGGAUUGGCUGGUCGUCCGAACGAUAUUCAGACCCUCAGGGCCGGAUGAACCAGGUGUAUGAGCCGGUGUUUGUGUUGGAAAGCGCAUUCGAUGCCAAGCGGACGGAAUUGUAGCGUACAGCGAUGAGUUGACUGAAG